UUUCACUGUUGGGCCAUUUUCGCCGAUGCAACUUUCCUGUCAUUCUUCCGCUUCAAUUUUCCGAGAAUCAAACAGUUCCACCCCCAGAGACGUCGCCAUUUUCAUCAUCACGCUCAUUAUAUAUACGGCCAAUUCAAUUUUAUCGCUUUUUUUCAUGCUACCCAAUUCGCUAAUCCAUUGUUCUUGACGAAUUUCACUUGGAAUCUACAUUAUGCGACUGGAUUUUUGCCGGAUUUAAGGUAUGGAGGACAAAGAAACUGAAAUUCUGUCACGAUUGGCUGCCAAUCAUCUCUUUCUUGGCCAGUUUGAGCCUCUCCGUGCUACUAUUGUUGCUCUUAGAGUUAGGAAUCCCGAACUCGCUCUUUCUAUACUCCAGACGAUCGUAUCUCGAUCUGGUCGAUUCGACAAUGUCACUUGGUCGCCCUCUUGUUCGUCGCCGUCUUUGUUAACGUACUUAGCGACCCUUGAAUUGAUUCAGUUCGAUAACGCUACGUCGAUAUGGGGGUUCGACCACGAAACGCUGCGGUUACGAGCGGAAUUCUUGUUAUUAGUCCAGAAUUUAAUCGACCGGAUAGUUGGAAGCACGAGGAAGAUGCUCGAAUUGGAGAGCGUAAACAAAGAAGGAGGAGAAGAAGAAGUUUCGACCUCAAACGAAACUGUCGAGGAACGGGCUGAUUUGUUGCGUGUCGAAGAGGGAAAGCCGGAAGAUGUGCCGUCGGAAAUCGGUGAUUGCGUGCAGGUUUUGGAUAAGGUUUUGGAAUUGGGAGUGAAGAGAUUGAAGGUAGAAGGUGCCAAUGCCGAAGUUGACGAUAGGCAGAGUGACGCUAGUCCCGCGACGGUGGGAUCGGUUAAUGAAGAAGAAUUAACGUGUUUGAGCAGAGUAAUUGGAGAUCAUGCAGACGCUUUUGAUGCCUUGUGUUCGAAUAUUCAAAGACAGGUUGGGAGUUCUCAGAGUUAUGGCCCAAGUUUGGCAAUAACAGUGCGGAGUAACAACGAUGGAAAUGUGGGAUUGAACGAUGAGGAAGAUGUCAAGUGUUUUUCUUCAAUACAAAGAUGCGUUCAGACAACCCAUUUGGACCAUUUGAAGGAGUGCUUGAAGAAUGCGGAUGUAGAUGGUGCAAUUUCUCGCAUUCGUUUUCUUCAUGUUGAGCGUGGAUUGGACGAAUCUGAGUACCGCAAGGUUUUCCAAGACCUUCUGAAGAUUAUUUUGGCGCAAAAGGAGGCAUGUGAAGGCGACUACGAUGUUAUGGGAGGAAGACUGCUUUCAGUUUACGAAGAAGCGCUUUCAUCAAAUUCCAGACACCUCGUUGAAAUGAUACAAAUUAUUCAAGAUGAGGUGUUAGCUGAAGAGAUUGAGAUGCAUAGAGGGCCCGAUAACAAUCAAAUUCCACUCCCAAUACAACGCUUUCUAAGUAAUAUAAUGGAAUUAAAACCUGAAAUGAACUUGGACGAGAAGACAGCAUGCCUAACAAAAGCAAUAUUUUCUUGCACGAGAGACUUGUACCAUUAUGCUCGUGUUUCUGGAUCACAUGUGCUGGAAUGUAUAAUGGGUGCUGCUCUCUCUGCAGUGAAGAGGACAGAACUUCAAGAAGCUAACCAUGUCCUCUUAUUGUUUCCUCGCCUUCGGCCUUUGGUAGCUGCUAUGGGUUGGGAUUUACUGUCGGGUCAAUUAAAAGAACGAAGGGAGUUGAUGCAACUACUGUGGAUCAGCAAGUCACCUGACUUGCUGCAUGAUGCAUCUUCUGAGGUUAAAUGUCAGUUAGAAGAUAUAUCAUGUGUGGAACAUCUUUGUGACACUUUAUGUUACCAUCUUGAUCUUGCUGCAUUUGUUGCAUGUGUCAACUCUGGUCGAUCAUGGAGCUCAAAAUUCUCAUUAUUGCAAUCUGGAAAAGGGCAGGGGGUUGGUAGCAGAGUAGAUACUAAUUCAGACCUUUUUGUUGAGAACUUUGUAUUAGAAAGGCUCUCUGUUCAGAGUCCUCUUCGGGUUUUGUUUGAUGUUGUUCCAGGCAUCAGAUUUGAGGAUGCGCUUGAGCUGAUUAAUAUGCAGCCAAUUUCUUCUAGCAUUGCGGCAGAAAGGAGGAUCCAAGAUAUUGAACUUAUGCACAUGCGUUAUGCCCUAGAAUCAGCUGUUCUUGCACUAGGAGCAAUGGAAAAGGGCAUGACUGCUGAAAGAGAUUAUCAUCAAGUUGCAUUCUGCCAUUUGAAUGAUCUUUCCAAGCAUUUGGAGUCGAUAGAUAAUAUUGCACGAAAGGUACUCAUGGUGAGCAUCAUUAUUUCACUUUUGCAUAUGAAUGAUCUGUCCCUCAAUAUGACACAUUGCAAUUCACCUCGGAGCCCUUCCUCAUCACUCUAUUCCUAUCUGUCGGAACAACCUGAUUUCACAGCAUUUGAAGGGAGAAAUAAAAUGGUUAUAUCUUUCAUAACAGUGCUAUUUGAUAUAUUGCAUCGUAGUCUUCCAUCAGAUGUGAUCCAAGAUGAUGAUCUAUCUAACUAUGGUGCCCGUAUGGGUGGAAGAAAGGCUUUGGAAUGGAGAGUUUCCAUUGCUACACGUUUCAUUGAAGAGUGGGAAUGGCGAUUGUCAAUCUUGCAGCAUCUGCUACCAUUAUCUGAGCGCCAGUGGAGAUGGAAAGAAGCGUUGACUAUUCUGCGUGCAGCUCCCUCCAAACUGCUUAACCUAUGUAUGCAGAAAGCAAAGUAUGAUUUAGGAGAGGAGGCAGUUCAUAGAUUUUCAUUAUCAGCAGAAGAUAAAGCCACGCUUGAACUAGCUGAGUGGGUUGAUAAUGCUAUCAGACGAGUAUCUAUGGAAGAUGUCAUGUCCCGUGCUGCUGAUGGGAUUUCUGCUGUACAAGAGAUUGAUUUUUCCUCAUUACGUUCACAAAUAGGUCCCUUGCCUGUAAUUCUUCUAUGUAUUGACAUUGCCACAACUUCUGUACGAAGUAAGAAGAUAUCCUUGCAGCUUCUUGAUCAGGCUCAAACUAUGCUAUCUGAGAUAUAUCCAGGAGCGUCUCCAAAGUCUGGGUCCAAUUAUUGGGAUCAGAUCCUUGAAGUGGGAAUUAUCUCUGUUUCAAGGCGUAUUCUCAAGCGUUUACAUGAGUCCUUGGAACAGGAAAAUUCUCCAUGCCUUCAGGCUAUUAUGUCCGGUGAAAUCAUUAUUUCUUCAGUAGAGGACUCACAACGUCAAGGGCAAAGGGAACGCGCUCUUGGUAUGCUACAUCAAAUGAUUGAAGAUGCCCACCAAGGAAAGCGACAAUUUCUGAGUGGUAAGCUUCAUAAUUUGGCAAGAGCUGUUACUGAUGAACUGGAACACCAUUUUCUCAAAAGUGGGGAAAACCAGUCUGCCAAUCGGAAGGUUAUUUCUAAUUUGAACAAGGAUGGGGUUCUUGGUCUUGGGCUUAGAGCUGUAAAUCAGGCACAUUUGAGUUCCUUAGCUGGAGAUACCAGCAUGCAAUCAGUUGGUUAUGAUGUGAAAGAAGCUGAGAAGAUGCUAUUUGGUCCGUUAAGUACCAAACCCUCGACAUAUCUAUCACAGUUCAUUCUCCAUAUUGCUGCAGUUGGUGACAUUGUGGAUGGAACUGAUACAACUCAUGAUUUCAAUUAUUUCUCACUUGUGUAUGAGUGGCCUAAAGAUCUUAUAACUCGACUUGUUUUUGAUCGAGGAAGCACUGACGCAGCUGGUAAAGUCGCUGAAAUAAUGAAUGCAGACUUUGUUCAUGAAGUGAUUUCAGCAUGUGUGCCUCCUGUUUAUCCCCCACGAUCUGGUUGUGGAUGGGCAUGUAUUCCAGUUGUUCCAUCUUGUUCAAAAGGUAGUUCUGAGAAUAGACUACUCUCACCUUCAACAAAAGAGGCCAAGUUAAGAUGUGCUAGAAGUUCAUUGGCAAUGAUUGGAAUUCCUCUUCAUCCUUUACAGUUGGAUAUUGUAAAACAUUUGGUUAAAAUAUCUCCAGUAAGGGCUAUCUUGGCAUGCGUCUUUGGAAGUAGUAUAUUACACAGUAGUAGCAUCCCUAUUUCAAGCUCCUCAAAUGACAGCUUACAGCAGGCGCCUGAUGCUGACAGACUCUUUCUUGAGUUUGCUCUUGAUCAGUCUGAGAGUAGGUUCCCAACUUUAAACCGGUGGAUACAAUUACAAACCAAUCUCCAUCGCGUUUCAGAGUUUGCUAUAACAGCAAAACAGGAUGCUGAUGAUGUUUGUUUUAAGCCUGACACAAGGGCGUCCAUGAAGAGACUUCUUGAGCAUGACAGUGAUACUGAGUCUGAGUUUGAUGAAAUCGUCAGUAGCAGUAAAACUUCAGUGCCUUUAGCAGGUAUAAAUGUUCAGGAUGGUACAUUUCAAGAUGGUUUGUGCCAUUCCUCAAAAUCCGAUAUUGAUGAACUUGAUACAACAACUUUCCUAUCGUUUGAUUGGGAGAAUGAAGAACCCUAUCAGAAAGCUGUCGAGCGCUUAAUCGAUGAUGGCCAGUUAAUGGAUGCUCUUGCUAUUUCUGAUCGAUUUCUACGUAAUGGAGCCUCUGAUCGAUUGCUUAAACUUCUGGUUGAACAUGAGGAAGAAAGAGAUUCAAUUUUUAGACAAUCUCAACAUCAUGGAAACUCUGGUACCUGGAGUAAUAGUUGGCAGUAUUGUCUACGGUUGAAGGAUAAACAAUUAGCGGCUACACUUGCCCUUAAGUAUAUGCAUAGGUGGGAACUGGAUGCUGCUUUGAAUGUUCUUACUAUGUGCAGCUGCCACCUACCUCAAUCUGAUCCACUUAGAAAUCAAGUUAUGCAAUUCAGACAAGCUUUGCAGAAAUAUGGCCAUAUAUUAAGUGCUGAUGAUCACUUUAGCAGCUGGCAAGAGGUUGAAGCAGAGUGUAAGGAGGAUCCUGAGGGCUUGGCUCUUAGAUUAGCUGGGAAAGGAGCUGUUUUUGCUGCUUUAGAGGUAGCUGAAAGUGCUGGACUAUCAAUAGAUUUACGCCGAGAGCUACAGGGAAGGCAACUUGUGAAGCUUUUGACUGCUGACCCACUCAAUGGUGGAGGUCCUGCGGAAGCUUCACGCUUUCUUUCUUCACUACGUGAUUCAGAUGAUGCAUUGCCUGUGGCUAUGGGUGCAAUGCAAUUACUACCCAAUCUUCGUUCAAAGCAGCUUCUGGUUCACUUUUUCCUGAAGCGUAGAGAAGGAAAUCUGUCCGAAGUUGAGGUAUCUCGUCUUAACUCCUGGGCCUUAGGUCUUCGUGUGUUGGCUGCUUUGCCACUGCCAUGGCAGCAAAGAUGUUCUUCGUUACAUGAGCAUCCUCAUUUGAUACUGGAGGUUUUGCUGAUGAGGAAGCAACUGCAAUCUGCUUCUUUGAUUAUAAAAGAGUUUCCUUCCUUGAGAGACAACAAUGUCAUCAUUACUUAUGCUACUAAAGCUAUUGUUGUCAAUAUCAACUCUCCACCUAGAGAACAUCGCGUAUCCAUCUCAGCAACAAGACCUAAACCAAAACCAAAAUCAGGAGUGUCUGCAAGGUCCUCCUUCACUACAAGCCUUAGUAAUUUUCAGAAAGAGGCUCGUAGAGCAUUUUCAUGGGCUCCUCGAAAUAAUACUGGGGAGAAGGCUGCUCCAAAAGAGAGUUACAGAAAAAGAAAGAGUUCUGGACUUGCACCAUCCGAAAGAGUUGCGUGGGAGGCAAUGACUGGAAUUCAAGAGGAUCGGGUAUCAUCAUAUUCCACUGAUGGUCAAGAAAGACUUCCUUCUGUUUCAAUUUCUGAGGAGUGGAUGCUAACAGGCGAUACUGAAAAGGAUGAAGUUGUUCGUGGAUCUCACAGAUAUGAAAGUGCCCCUGACUUUACUCUUUUUAAGGCGUUGCUUUCUCUCUGUUCUGAUGAGCUAACAUCUGCCAAAAGUGCCAUGGACUUGUGUAUCAACCAGAUGAAGAAUGUGUUGAGCUCUCAGCAUUUGCCUGAGAAUGCAUCAAUGGAAAUAAUUGGUCGUGCAUAUCAUGCUACAGAGACAAUUGUACAGGGGCUACUCUAUGCUAAAUCCUUGUUGAGAAAGCUUGUUGGUGGUACUGAAUUACCAAGUAAUUCUGAAAAAAGUAGGGAUCUUGAUGACACGUCUUCAGAUGCUGGCUGCUCUAGUUUGGGUAGUCAGUCAACAGACGAGCUUUCUGAGGCUCAUUCUCAGGCUGACACUUGGCUAGUUCGUGCUCAGCUACUUCAAAGCCUCUUGGGGUCAGGAAUUGCUGCAUCUCUUGACGAUAUUGCUGAUGUGGAGUCAUCUGCUCGUCUCCGUGAUAGGUUGAUCCUGGACGAGAGAUAUAGCAUGGCUGUAUAUACAUGCAAAAAGUGCAAGAUUGAUGUUUUCCCUGUUUGGAAUGCAUGGGGCCAUGCUUUGAUACGGAUGGAACACUAUGUGCAAGCACGUGUGAAAUUCAAGCAAGCUUUUCAGUUGUACAAGGGGGAUUCCGUGACUUUUGUACAAGACAUUAUCAAUACAAUUGAAGGAGGCCCUCCUGUGGAGGUUGCUACUGUUCGAUCCAUGUACGAGCAUUUGGCUAAAAGUGCCCCAACGAUAUUAGAUGAUUCACUUUCUGCAGAUUCUUAUCUCAAUGUUCUACAUAUGCCAUCAACUUUUCCUCGGUCAGAAAGAUACCGAUGGAUUCUAGAGUCUGCAAAUGAUAGUUCACAUUUAGAGUAUGACGAUGGACCUCGUAGUAAUUUGGACAGCAUUCGGUUUACUGAAUGUGUUAGUUACAUGCAAGAAUAUGCACGUCAACUGUUGCUUGGAUUUAUGUUUAAGCAUGGACAUUACAGAGACGCCUGCAUGCUGUUUUUCCCUCUAGAUUCUGUUCCUGCGCCUCCUCAACCCUCAAGUGUGGGAACUGUCACCUCAUCAUCUUCACCCCAAAGAUCUGAUCCAUUAGCAACCGACUAUGGGACCAUUGAUGAUCUCUGUGAUCUUUGUAUUGGUUAUGGUGCUAUGUCUGUUCUUGAGGAGGUGAUUUCAUUAAAAUUAUCAUCUACUAAACCGGAGGAUGGAGCAAUGAAUCAGUAUAUGGCAACCGCACUUGCUCGUACUUGUAACUUCUGUGAAAUGCACAGGCAUUUUAAUUAUUUAUACGUGUUUCAGGUAUUGAAACAGGAUCAUGUUGCUGCUGGUCUUUGCUGUAUCCAGUUGUUUAUGAAUUCUUACUCACCAGAGGAAGCAGUCAAACAUUUAGAACAUGCAAAGAUGCACUUUGAUGAGGCACUAUCAGCUCGACAUAAAGGUGGAGAUUCUACCAAGCCUAUGGUAAAGGGAGUUAGAGUGAGAAGUGCCUCUGAGAAGCUUUCUGAAGAAGGACUUGUCAGGUUUUCUGCCAGGAUUUCAAUCCAAGUGGAAGUUGUGAAGUCAUUCAAUGAUUCAGAUGGACCUCAAUGGAAACACUCACUCUUUGGAAAUCCAAAUGAUCCUGAAACAUUCAGGAGAAGGUGUAAGAUCGCUGAGACCCUUGUGGAGAAAAACUUUGACUUGGCCUUUCAGAUUAUAUAUCAAUUUGGUCUUCCAGCUGUUGAUAUAUAUGCUGGUGUUGCUGCAUCGCUUGCUGAGAGGAAGAAAGGCGGUCAGUUGACGGAGUUCUUCAGAAAUAUUAAGGGCACCAUUGAAGAUGGCGAUUGGGACCAGGUCUUGGGAGCUGCAAUAAAUGUAUAUGCUAACAAACACAAGGAGCGACCAGACCGUCUCAUAGAUAUGUUGACUAGCAGUCACAGAAAAGUUUUGGCUUGUGUGGUCUGUGGUCGUCUGAAAAGUGCUUUCCAAAUUGCUUCUCGAAGUGGAAGUGUUGCUGAUGUUCAGUAUGUAGCUCAUCAGGCAUUGCACGCCAACGCCCUCCCCGUGCUCGAUAUGUGUAAGCAAUGGUUAGCUCAAUACAUGUAAUCCAUAUCAAUCGAGCAGAUUUUGCCUUUCGGUUUUCAACCUAUAUAGUCUCGCAACAUCCAUGCAACCAUUUACUUGGUUCAACAUCAAUUGUUUUAGUAGUUCCAGCCUUCUAGUGUGAUAGAGCUUGUUUUUGCUUGGAAUACCGGUUUAAGGUGCCUCGAUUCGCUUAAUGAAUCGGGAUUCCAGUGUUUUGAGUAAAUGUAAUCGAUCAUAUUUAUUGGACAUGUUUUCGUUACGGUUUUAAGCUGAACCUGAAAUUAAAAGAAAUGAAGAGAUAUAGCAAAAGAGUAUUCUAUGGUAAGAAGCGUUCUACUACAGGUAAAGAGGGGAGGCAGAGGAAUGUGGCGCUCCACUUUGUAAAUGAAAUGUCUUGAAAAAUAAAGAAUAAAAUUUAUUCUUUAUUUUUCUUGUCA